AUGGGCAAGCUCUCCAAGAGAGAAGCCGUCGGCGUCACUUCUGGUCUGCCCCUGGCGCCAGUGGUGUAUGUCAACGACCCCUUUGCCAACAUGCCUCAUACAAUCCAGCUGUGUGACAUGAUCGCUUCCUCGACCAUUGUCUACCUGGCCAAGGUCGACAUGCCCAGAGGUUUCCCCGUCCAGGGUCGGGACAAGGUCGCAUCCGAGAUCCGCAACGGCGCCUUUGACAAGAACAUCACCAUCAUCAAUGAGAACUACAUAGAUUCACAGACCAAGGACAAGAUCGACACAGUCAACCUACUCCGUGAAGAGGCGAUCAAACAUGGCUGCAACUUUGUCAGUGUCAAUCUGUAUGUCAACAAGGGCACUCAGAAGGAGGACAUCAGCAAAUGGGGCACCAACCACCUGGACUGCUGCAUCGGCGACAUGACCCCGAAGCAAGUUGCCGAGCGGAUCCAGAAAUUCCUUUUCAAAGUCUUGACCGUCCAAGAGACCCUCCACCUGAUGUCCGAUAGCGAAAUGCGCACUGACGAGGCCAAAACUUACCCCGACUAUCAGUACCGUGCGAUCAAUGAGAGCAAACUGUGCUCCCAAGACGCAAAGGUCUACUUUGUCGCCCUCGUCGUCAGCAAGCCUGUCGUGGGACCAAACCAGAAGGUGACAUGGACAGUUGCCGACAAAACCGGUCUUGCCACCUUCUACUUCCAUUACCGUGGACCGGCCUGUCAACAUACAUGGGACUGGGUGAUGGGUCUGCAGCCGGGCGAACGUCGAACAUUCCCACGCAUGCCCAUGGUGAAGGUCAAAGAACGAAAGACGGUGCGAGUCAUGAAGGCACCUUUCCGCACCGUCGGCUUCGCCGUCCAGGGUGCAGGUCUGGCCGUCCGCGCCGUGGGCCAUGGUGUCGCUAAGUUGGGCGAGUUGGGCAGACUGGGCAAGGGGUCGGAGUGGGUUCCAGAAGCAGACGUGGUUAAUGGCAAGAAGGUCGACUGGCCCGCUGUGUUCAAGAAGGAAGGAGAAGCCAAGGACGCCAAACUCGCAAAGGCCAUUGAGGCGCAGAAGAAAGCCGUGGACGAGGCCGAGGCCGACGAGAUCUUCAACGAGAAGGCCGACAAGGUCUGGAAGGACGACGACAGCGCCGCCAGCACCACCGGCGGUGAUUGCUUUGUUGACACCGACGAGAAGGUCCGAGAGUUCUGCUAG